UACAUAUUGAUAAUAUUGAAAUUAUUAAUAAUGUACAACAAUCAGUUGAAAAAGGUGAACAAAGAAAUAUUACCAAUAUUUUAAAAUAUUUAAUACCAAUUCUUAUUGAAAAAAAAAUAUUGGAUACAAAAAAUCUUGAAAUACAUUUACGUAUUUCAGGUGAUGACAGAAAUGUAGGACGAAAAAUUAAUCAUGUUAUAGUUACUUUUUCUCUUCUUAAUAAUAUUGAACAUAUAUUUCAUCCAGAAAAUCACUACACAAUACUUUUAUACCCGGGUAUUGAAAAAUAUGAAAUAUUAUAUAAUACAUUAGAACAAAUAACCUUGGAACUGAGAAUGCUAAAAGACAAAGGUUUAAAAGAUAAUCAAGGAAUAAAUUCAGCAAAUAGUAAACAUUUUUGUCCCUGGUGUGAAAUAUCAAAAGAACAACAAGAUGUUCUUUGGCGAUUAGUAAUUGAUGAACUUAAAUCAAGAAAUACAUGGGAUGAUCAAGCUAGAAAUAUAAUAAUUGAUGAAAUAAAACACAAAUUAAUUGUACUUCAAAAUUUUAAUUUGUUUAAACUAUUUCCAAAUUUAAGAGCAACUCAAAUUAAAAAUUUAUGGAAUAAUUUUUAUUUGCUUUACAAAGCAAUAAAAAAUCUUAAAACUGAUGCAUCACAAUUUACCAAGGAUGCAUGUACAUGGCUACAUCAAUUUUUGAAUCUUAAUUAUCCUAACUCUAUUUCCAGUAAUCAUUUUUAUCAAGCUGCAUUUUCUUGUUCAGCUGUAGAAAAAAAAAAUCAUCAACAAGUUUCUCAUUUUUUUAAAAAGACAACAAAAGAUGGUGGUGUGGGAAAAGAAAAAAAAUUUAAAAUUUUGGAUAUUCUUGAAUAUGAAAAUAGACAAUUAUACUUUAGUAAUAAUAAUGAAUUAGAUUUAGUACAUGCAUCAAAAC